GGCUCUAUUGAUUUACGCCUCUCACCAUCUCUUUUUUUAUUUCUCUCUUCAAAAUCAAAAUUCAGCCUCUGAAACACAUACCUACCUCUCGCUAUCUCUGUUCCACCUCAAACCCUAGUAUGUCCUUCUCCAUUUUUUCCCUCUUUAUCUUCCUUAGGAACCCAUAAAUUUCUCUCCAUAUUGAUCAAACCUCUGAUCUAUGUAACAUUUGGAAUCUUGUAAAUCACAUGCCAAUCUCUGUUUCGUUACAAUUUAUUAAAAAAUAAGAUUAAAAAAAUCUUCUAUUACCUGAUUUUAUCACAGAAUCUACAAUCUCUUUAGAUUUUUUAAUCUAUAAAAUACUAAUCAAUUUUCUGUUAAUAUUAUUCUUUUUAUUUUUUUGAAACCCUCGUCAGAUUAGAAGAAAAUUCUUUGAUUUAUCUGAAAAACUGUGAAAAUUUUGUUGAAGGUCACAAAUUUUGAGAAAUUAUAGUCAGUGUCUGUUUCUGAGUUUUUGUUUCAUUUGGAGACCUGUGGCGAGAAAUGGUGGGAGGUGGAAACAGGAGGAACGAAGGUUCGUUGGUGAUUAAGAAUACCAAUGUGUUUGCAGCGCUUGAAACGCUAAGGAAGAAGAAGAAGUCUGAUAAGGAUCGUGGUUCUUCGAAGAGUAAAGGGUCUUCGGAAUCAAAAGCAAAAGACGCCGAGUCGCAGGUUUUCUGGGCCCCAACGCCGCUGCCGGUGAAAUCGUGGGCGGAUGUGGAUGAUGAGGAUGAUGAUGAUUAUUAUGCUACCACUGCUCCACCUCAGACUGUUUGGGGUGAGACGAAGGAGAAGCAGGCACCUGUAGAGGAAAGUGAAAGUGAAGAAGAUAUUCUUGAUGAAGGUGAUGAGGAGGUAGAGGAAGAGCAUGACCAAGUACAAGAGGAACCCAAACAACCCGAGCAUGUGGUGAAGAAGGCCCCCGAAGUUUCUUCAGCACCUAAGGAGACAGAAAAACCACUUUCUAAGAAGGAAAAGAAGAAAAAGGAGCUUGCAGAACUCGAAGCCCUUUUGGCCGAUUUUGGAGUUACCCCAAAAGUGGAUAAUGCCCAAGAUGAACCACACGAAGUGACAAAAGAGACUAAAAAUGGAGAGGCAAACGGAAAUGAAAAGAAGGAAAACGGUCCUAUAGAGUCCAAAAAUGCAAAGAAAAAGAAAAAGAAGGAUAAAUCUUCCAAGGAGGAGAAGGAACCACAAGAUCAGGCUAAUAGCUCAGAUAUCAUCAAUGGAUCAAAGGAAACUGCUAGGACUGAACAAGCAGAAGAUGAUAUGUCCGCUGUUGAUGUAAAAGAGCGGCUAAAGAAGAUAGCAUCUGCAAAGAAGAAGAAGUCCAAUAAAGAGUUGGAUGGUGCUGCCAAAGCUGCUGCCAUGGAGGCUACUGCCAGAAGUGCAAGACUCGCUGCUGCAAAAAAGAAAGAGAAGAAUCAUUACAAUCAACAACCAGUUCGGUAAGAUGCCACCCUUUUUGUUCGAUAUUCAUAUGAACAUGAUCACUGAUUGUUCAUUUAUAAACAGCGAGUUGUUGGGCACCGAUUCUGUGAUACACCUUUAGUAGUUUUGCAGUGAUAUUCAACCCAUUAAAAAAAACAAGGGGUCCUUUUUUAGCGUUAAGAUGUUAGUGUUGCUCAUUUAUCAUGUUACGGCUUUUUCAGAUAGUUUUGGUCUUUGAGAAUCCCUCUAUUGAUGGUAUUUGAACCUAAUCACUAAUUUGUAUUAUAGUAGUGCCAUUCUUACCAUGUA